AUGUUAGUCUGGCCUGUAAAUCGCUCCGUGUGCCCCGCCCGGGGGUGGCGCCGGGCCGGGGCUGGCCGCGGGGACAGGGCAGGGACGCGCCGCGGUGGUGGCACCUCGGGGACACCCCUCCCCGAGCUGCCCCGGCCGCUGCCAGGGCGGGAGGGUGGCACCUGCGGAGGUGGCGCCUCCCGGGUGGCCCUGCCAGGCUCAGAGGUGGCCCAAGAUCCUGACAAGUCCCAGGUGGCCCUGCCGGGAGGUCCUGACACCCCCCAGGUGUCCCUGGCAGGGUCACAGGUGUCCCCAAGUCAUGACACCCCCCCCAGGUGUCCCUGGCAGGGUCACAGGUGUCCCCAAGUCCUGACACCCCCCCCAGGUGUCCCUGGCAGGGUCACAGGUGACCCCAGGUCCUGCCUCCCCUCUAGGUGUCCCCAGCAGGGUCAGAAUUGUCCCCGCUGGGGGGUGGCCCAAGGUCCUUCCCUUCCACCGAGUGUCCCUGGUGGGGACAGAGGUGGCCCCAGGUCCUGCCCCCUCUCCCGGGAGGUGACCCCAGGUCCUGACACCCUCCAGGUGUCCCUGGCAGGGUCACAGGUGGCCCUGCCAGGCUUGGAGGUGGCCCAAAGUCCUGUGAACCCCUCCCAGGUGUCCCCAGCAGGGUCAGAAUUGUCCUUGCUGGGAGGUGGCCCCAGGUGUCCCUGCCAGGAGGUGGCCCCAGGUGUCCCCAAGGUGUCCCUGCCAGGAGGUGGCCCCAGGUCCUCCCCAGAUGUCCCCAGGGUGUCCCCAAGAUGUCCCCAGGGUGUCCCCAAGGUGUCCCCGCGGGGCUCGGAGGCGGCGGCUCCAGCGGGGCCAUCCCGGCGGUGCUCCCGGAGAAAGGAAGGAAAAGAAGGAAAGAAGGAAAAAAAAAAAACAAAAAACAAAAAAACAAAAAAAGGGAAGAAGGAAGAGAAGGGAAGAAGGAAGCGCCGGGAAGGCUCCAGCAGCGGCCGUGCCACCCCCACGCCAGCCGGACCCCGCCGGACCCCCCGAGCUGCUGCCCCGGCCGGGUGAGAGGAGGGAGCGAGGAGCGCAUGGAUCGAAGCAUGUUUGGGAAUGUCGGGAGGCUGGGGGGGGAUAGCAAAUUCCCGCAGCAAAAAAAAAAAAAAAAACAAAACAAAACAGAAAAAAAGACAGAAACAGGAAAAAAAAAAAAAAAAAAAAGCGCUUUGCCAACGUUUUGAGGGGAGGGGCGGGGGGUGGGAAAGGUUUGAUUUCCUCUGGGCUUGGGGUCUUGUUUUGGUUUUUUUUUGUUUGUUUUUUUUUCCAAAGGGGGAAAGCGUUGAUGGGAAAUUAUUUAAUCUCCGUGCAUUUAUCUAGAGAGCAGCUGAUAAGCCCCAGAGAUAACGAAUUACAGGAUCCUUCCCCCCUCCACACACACACACCCCCUUCCCCACCCCAAAAAAAAAUUCCUGCUCAUCCCUCGUUUUGCAUCUUUUUAAGCAGCUCUAUAUUUGGAAAGAGAGAAUAUCUAUAUAUCUAUAUCUCCA